CCCCCCCCCUCCCCCGGAGCAGAGAACUUGACAUGAAAUCAAAAGAGACACAUUAUCAGCACACAGGCACACAAGGGUGUGCUGUUGUCCAACAAUCUCAUAUCUAACAGGUCAAUUCACCCCCUUCCAUCAUUGCUACCGGCUGUCUCCAUGACAACCCCUCCACUAGUGUCACCUUUUACCGGGCAGCCGCCGCCUCAGCAGCAACAACAGCAGCAGGGCCAGGCGACACGGGAUGUCAACACCGCCUCAUUGUGUCGCAUCGGCCAGGAGACGGUCCAAGACAUUGUCCUCAGGACCAUGGAGAUCUUCCAGCUACUCAGAAACAUGCAGCUGCCUAAUGGAGUCACUUACCACCCCAACACCCACCAGGACCGGCUGGGAAAACUCCAGGAGCAUCUUCGCAUGCUUUCCGUGCUGUUCCGCAAGCUGCGCUUCGUCUACGACAAAUGCUCGGAAAACUGUGCUGGGCUGGACCCGAUACUUCCUGAGCAACUGAUACCCUUUCGGGAGGACGACGGCGCCAAACAUGACGACCACUCAGCCGCCCAGAACCACCGCCCUGCCGCCGAGGACAGGCGAGAAAUCCUGGAGGUCAACAAGAAGCUGAAGAAGAAGAACCAGCAACUGAAGCAGAUUAUGGAUCAACUCCGUAACCUCAUCUGGGAAAUCAACUCCAUGUUGGCCGUCAGAAGCUAAAAAACCACGUCACAACACACAAACACACCCUGAGGAUACCUGGCCGUGUUAAGGUACCACAGACUUGCUGAGGCAGCACUUUAUUGAACAAGUGACGACUUUGGCAGAGUAGAAAUGUAUUUCCUGAGAAGGAAAGUUGGAAGAAAAAAAAAUGAAGAGAGAGAAGAGGGGUUAGUAGUAGGCAACCCACUAAAAACCGUGCUCAGAAAAUGGUUUGUCUACCUCGAUAUUUCAAUCAGCUCAUAAGAGUGGAUAUAUAUGUUUUAUCUAUUUGUAGCACAUACAGAGUUAAAUAUCUGUACAGAUAUAUUCUAUUUAAUCCUCAUGUUCUUUGUAUGUUGUUAGAAUAUUCCUAAAUAGUUGUACAUUUCAUCCCUUGAAAUACUAAAAACAAGACAAAAAUAUAUGUGGCUAUUGACCCGAAUAUAAGACGAUGCUUAUUUUGCAAGCUUGAUCCUUGCAGGGUUUGUUUGACAGUUUGAUGACUCUGCUUCAUUGAGCACCGUUUACAACAUAAAAAUUUGUGUCUGUGUACAUGGCGGAGUAUAGUUUUUUUUUGUUGUAUUUUUCGGAUGAUUUUUGAAGGAAAAAAAUACCUUCUUAUAUUCGGGUCGGUACACUAAUUCAUGGUUCACCUCCUGAAAUGUGAUUGGUUUUUGGUAACAAUUAAAAAAAGUGAAAUUA